GAAGUUACUUUUCUAAGACAGCUAGAGCUUAAAUUUAUACGUACCUAAGCUAAGCUAAGCUGACAGUAUUUGUGUACAAGAGACGGUUUGUUAUCUUGCAUAUGUUUCUUCCUUCUCGUCUCUUCUUGUCUAGUCUAGAUGGAGUGCAAGAGAUCUGAAGCUUCACAGCUUCUUUACAAUCCAACUUACUCUUCUUCUAGCAACAUCAGUUUCCAGCUUAUUUUUGAAGAUUCUCAGCGUCACUGUCAGCUUUAAUAAACUCUCUUCAAUCAUCUUAUCUCGAUCGUUUCGGUAACAACAAGGUAAAGUAAAAUGGGACAUUUUUCGUAUUUAUUAAAUGGACUCUCAAGAUCAUUGUCCAUCAAGAAAGGAGGGAAUUGCACAAACAAAUUAGGAAAAGAAGUGUCCAGAACGAUGGUUAACGACGCAAAGAAAACCGAACUGAUAUUCCGUUCAUCGGGUGUAGUAAAUGCUGAAGGUUCAAAAAAUCUAGCUUCUGCUUAUUCAAAGAGAGGGCAGAAAGGAAUAAACCAGGACACUCUCAUUGUGUUGGAGGAAUAUGGGUGUCAAGAAGACAUGAUGUUCUGUGGAGUGUUUGAUGGGCACGGCCCAUGGGGGCAUUUUGUUGCAAGACAUGUCAGGGAAUCAUUGCCGUCGUUAUUGCUAUGUAAUUGGCAAGAGGAGGCUCUUGAUCAAAAUUGUCUUGAAUCAGAUUUAAAAGAUCUUGACUCCGCUAUACAGACUCAUAAUUUCGAUUUAUGGAGACAAUCUUUCUUGAAGACUUGUGCAGCCGUUGAUAAGGAGCUUGCGCGGCACCCCAAGAUAGAUUGCUUCAACAGUGGCACAACGGCUUUGUCAAUCGUUCGACAGGGUGAGUUCAUUGUCAUAGCAAAUGUUGGCGACUCUCGUGCAGUAUUGGGCACCAGUUCUGAUGAUGGCACUUUGGUUCCAGUUCAGUUAACUGUGGACUUCAAGCCAAACUUACCACAGGAGGCGGAGCGGAUAAGCCAGUGCAACGGACGAGUGUUCUGUUUAGAUGAUGAACCAGGGGUUCAUAGGGUCUGGCGACCAGAUGUAGAAGCACCAGGAUUGGCAAUGUCAAGAGCUUUCGGAGACUAUUGUGUUAAGGACUACGGCGUGACAUCUGUACCUGAAGUCACCCAAAGGAGGAUAACAACUAAAGACCAGUUUGUCGUGCUUGCAACAGACGGGGUAUGGGAUGUGAUAUCGAAUGAAGAAGCAGUGCGAAUUGUUUCUUCAACACCGGACAGAGGAAAAUCAGCCAAAAGAUUAGUGGAGUGUGCAGUGAAGGCGUGGAAACGCAAGAGAAAGGGAAUUGCAAUAGAUGACAUUUCGGCUAUCUGCCUCUUCUUUCACUCUCCGGCACAACCCUCUUCUUAGAAGAUGAAUCCCACUUAUAAGUUGCCUAGACUACCAGAGUAAGCCAAGUGAGAGAUUGUGAGAGGAUUUCUCCUCUUUUUCUAUCCUUGUAGUUUUGAUAGUUAGUGCCCGAUCAUUGUAUGUUUAUGUACAUAUCUUUGAUGAAAUACCUCACCAUGUAAUAUGUUCUUAUAAUUUUAUUUUAUUUGUUUUGUAAAAUAAGGAGAACAAAAUCAAUUUUUGGCCUUGAUUAUGUAUGUUCCAAUUCCGAUA